AUGCUGCUGCAAUACACCCGAGCAGCAGCAGCAGCAGCAGUUGCUGCUGCUGCUGUCCUUUGCUGCAUGAGCAGCUUCGUAGACCUAGGGGCCCUCGCCGCGCAGCAACCACCACAGUCUCCUCCUACUGGCUACGCAGCCCCCGAUCCAACAGCAGCAGGAGGCGCUGGUGCUCCGCCGCCUCCGCCGCAGCAGCAGUACACUCCUCCUGCUGCCGCCGCUGCCCCUCCUCCUCCUCCCCCUCCUCCUCCCCAGCAGCAGGCGCCACCGCCACCGCAGCAGCAGCAGCAGCAGGCAGGGUACCAGCAGCAGCAACCAUCAGGAGGCUAUGCUGCUCCUCCUCCCCCUACAGGCCAAUACGCCUAUACCCAUGACACUCGGCAGCCGCCGCCUCCGCAGCAGGCAUACUAUGCAGCAGACCAGAGAUACACCCAGCAGCAGCCACAGCAGCAGCAGCAGCAGCAGCAGCCGCCACCAACCUACCAGCAGCAUGCUGCUGGAUACCAGGCCCAGCACACCUACUCUCCCCCUACCUAUCAGCAGCAGCCACCAGUCUAUCAGACUCCUCCUUAUGGCCAGCCUGUCCCCCCUCCUCCUCCUGCUGCAGCGCAGCAGCAGCAGCAGCAGCAGCCAACACAGCAGCAGCAAUACUACCAGCCUCCUCCCCCUCCACCACAGCAGCAAUACCAACCCCCUCCUCCUCAGCAGCAGGCAGGGAGAGCAGCUCCUCCUCCUCCCCCUCAGCAGCAGCAGCAGCAGCAGCAGGCCUCGACCAAGCGUCAGCAGCCAACCCAGGAGCGUCAGCAGCCUACUCGUGCGGAACCUCAAGGCGCAGCAGCCAGCAGCAGCAGCAGCAGCAAGAAGGAUAAGAAGCAGCAAAAAGAAAAAAGACAACAAAAUAAAAAAAGUAAUGAUAAUCCAAUUCCUUAUGGCGAUGUUCCUUUAGGUGUACAAGAUGACAUGACACCUGAAUAUCAACCUAGACGUACAGAAGAAGGAGCUGUUGCGGAUAAUUCUGAGCAUCAAACUGCGAGUUUAAUGGAGGAAUGGGAGAAACACAUGCAAAACUUUAUACCAGAAAUGCUUGUGACAUUUUCUUUAAGCCCUCGUUCGGAUGAAUAUUUUUUUGAAUCUGUUGAAUCGGAGGGAAUAUUCUUAAGAGGGGGAUUCUUUGUUGGAGGAGAUGAAGGGGAUACAGCUGUUGAUUUCUCUAUUAUGGAUCCUGAUGGGGAUUUAAUUUAUAAGAAGAGUAAAUCUGAGGGUUUAUUUUAUUUUACUGCAAAGAAAAAAGGAACUUAUUCCUUCAUAUUAUCUAACCAUAGAUGGAUGGAGACGAAGACAGUAACAUUUGCUAUUGGCAGAGGUUUAGAGACAGCUCUUCUUCCUAAACAUUUAACAAAUGCAGAGGAGAUGGUGCAACAAUUAGAGAGACAACUUAAGGAUAUACAGAAUCGUCAUACUUAUGGAUCCGUCAGAGGUCCCUUAACGAUUCAGCACAAACAUUUUUACGAAGAUUAUCUUGGAUAA